AUGGUGGUUGGUCGUAUCACAAUAUCUGAUGCACCUGUAUUGGAAACUCCUAUUUCUCUUCACCCGACUAGUGAAACUCUCAUAUACCCCUAUUUUUCUAAAAUGAUUCGUGGACGCCAUGCCUUGCCCUUAAAAUAUAUUCGAUGGUGCAAUUAUAACCAAUGGUGCAAUAGUAUCUCAAUGGAGUUUACUAACCCUAUGCUGUUUAUCAGGAGUCGUGUGUUUCUUUGGCAAGAAGGUCACACUGCUCAUGCCACAAAAGAGGAGGCAGGCGUUGAGGUUCUUGAAAUCCUUGAACUUUAUAGGCGUCUAUAUGAAAAGUAUAUGGCUGUCCCUGUUGUCAAAGGGAAGAAAAGUGAGCUUGAAAAGCUUGUGGGUGGUCUAUACACAACCAGCGUUGAGGCCUUUAUUCCAAAUACAGGCCGUGGCGUACAAGGUGCAACUUCCCAUUGCCUGGGCCUGAAUUUUGCUGAGAUCUUUGGCAUAAAUUUCAAGGAUAAAAAGGGUGACAAAGCAAUGGUCUGGCAAAAAUUUUGGGGAUUCAGUACCAAAGUGAUUGGGGUGUUAAUGAUGGUUCACGGUGAUGACAGAGGUCUGGUUCUGCCUCCAAAGGUUUCAAAAGUUCAAGUUAUCGUGAUCCCUAUGCCUUACGAGGGUGCAGGUGCUAAAGAGUUACCGAAUACAUGCUUAAAUACUGUUCAAACCUUAUUGGACAUGGGUAUUCGUGCUGAAGCAGACCUCAGAGAGAAUUAUUCAACUAAACAAAAGUGUUCUCACUGGGAAAUGAAAGGAGUUCCGUUGAGAAUUGAAAUAGGACUAGAUGAUCUGGGGAAUAAACAGGUGUGGACUGUUCGUCGUGAUAAUGGAGAAAAAGUUGAUGUGCCUUUGGCUGAGUUGGCUGAUAGAGUAAAGGUUAUGCUCGAUAAUAUUCAACAAACGAUGUUUGAUUUGGCCAAGCAAAAACGGGAUGCAUGUACUAUAGUAAACAAAACUUGGGAUGAAUUCAUAAUUGCUUUGGACCAAAAGAAGUUGAUCUUGGCUCCAUGGUGCGAUGAUGUCGGGACAUGUCAUUUUAUAAGAUCAAUCUUAUAG